AUGAUUCAUAAUACAUUAUUACCUUUAAAUUCAAUCCAAUUUAUUAUUUCUCAUCUUCAAAAGUAUCAAACUCUUGUUAAUUGUAUUUUUAUAAAUAAAAAAUGGAAACAUUCUAUUGAAUAUUCCUAUAGUAAUCCAUUUUCUUUAUCAAAACAGCAACUUUUAUUAUUCUUCCCUCAUUUGGUUCAACAAAACGUUUACCAUUGUUAUGAUGAUAGAAUUAUUAAUAUUCCUAAUGUCAUUUGGUAUUACGUACCAUUUGAACUAGUUGAAAAAAACAAAAACAUUUCACAUGAUUACUUUAAAAGAAUUGAAUUUACUUUAAAUGACAAACAACAAUAUAACUAUAAUUCCAAUUAUCAUGUCCAUUCUUUGGCUUCUCAUUUGUUUGAAAAUAAUCAUCAAUUAGAGUCAAUACAAUUGCCUUCUUCUUUAUUAAGACUAGAACAUUCAGUUUUUAGUCAUUGCAAUUUGCUUCAUUCUAUUUCCAUUAAUUCACCACUACAAACAAUUGGUCAAUAUUGUUUUUCAAUGUGUACAUCAUUAUGCACUAUAAAACUUCCAGCCUCUCUUUCAGUUUUAGAAGAAGGAGUAUUUUCUCAUUGUUCAUCUUUGAAAUGUUUAGACUUAUCUAUGUUAUCACUUCAAAUACUCAAUAAAAGAACUUUUGAAUAUUGUACUAAUUUGUCUUCUGUUAUAUUACCUUUAUCAUUACAGAAAAUAGAAGAGGAUUGCUUUUAUAAUUGUAUUUCAUUAUCCACACUUUGUCUACCAUCAACACUCACUUUCAUUGGAACACGUUGUUUUUAUGAAUGUACAUCUCUUUCUCGACUUGAUCUUCCCUCAACUAUUUCUACUAUGACGUCAUCUGAUUUUACUCGAACAGAUACAACUCAACAUCAAACACAAUUUUGUUGUUGGACAGAAGAUUUUUAUGACGUCAUUGACAAUUUAGAAUCAGAAAUAGAAGUUGAAAUUCGAUUUGGAAUUGGAAAGAGUUGUUUUUACCAUUGUAAUUUUAUUUCAAAAAUAUUUCCCAGUUAUUGUUUUGACCCAUAA